AGAGCAAGAGAACAAACUGAAACAGUACAACAUAAUCUAGGUGAUAUGAAUGUUGAAUGUAUCUAUUGUAGUGCACUUCAUUGGCUUGAUGAACGACUUACUUCUUCUUCUAAAAUUCAUCCAAAAUUUGGUACAUGCUGUUUACAAGGUAAAGUUGUAUUACCAAUUCUUCAAGAUCCUCCACCUUUUUUACAACAACUUUUUGAAAAUCAGGAUGAAUCUCAUGCUUUUACUUCUCUUGAAGUAAAUAUUGAUAAAUCUAUUCUUAAUGGUCAUGGACCAUACAGUUUUCGUGUUAAUGGAGAAUUAUGUCAUUAUAUGGGUUCUCUUCUUCCAGAAUCAAAUAAUAAAGCUAUAUAUGCUCAACUUUAUAUUCAUGAUACAGAUCUAACUCAUAAUAUAAGAAUGGAAAAUAAUAAAACUUUAAAUGUAGAUACAAU